GUGUAGAUGUAACUUGCACACGUACAGUGGUACGGUACCGUACGGUACGUUCAGUGCGUGAGUCGUUUGUUUUCGAUAAUGCCGUGGUAAUGACAGGGAUAUUUGUGCAUUAAAAAGCAACUUAACGUCUGGAUCGAUACAAAAUACAAGACGCAACCAUGACGAGAUUAGCUGUAUUCAUAGUCAUAUCAUUUGUACUGCAAUCAUCAGCUAUAAUUCGUAUCCCGGAUAAUGUAGAAGUUCAGUCUCCACCACGGAUAUCCAAGCAGCCUCCUACAGAUGAACAACUUUUCCAAGUAGCUCAAGCUAAGGUCAAUAAUAAUGAUAAACCCUUCUUGAUUGAAUGUGAAGCGGAAGGAGAACCUGCACCAAAGUACCGAUGGAUUAAAAAUGGAAAGAAUUUUGAAUGGCCAGCAUAUGAUGAUCGUAUUUCUCAACAACCAGGAAGAGGCACUUUAGUCAUAGCAAGACCUCGAGAUGAAGAUUUAGGACAGUACCAGUGCUUUGCAGAAAAUGAAUGGGGAAUAGCUACGUCCAAUUCUGUUUUCGUUCGUAAAGCAGAACUCAAUGCAUUUAAAGAUCAAACUCCAAUAAGUUUACAUGCUUACGAAGGAGAACCAUUUAAAUUAACGUGCCAACCACCAGAUGGGUGGCCAAAACCAAAUGUGUAUUGGCUUAUUCAAGAUACAGCUGGUGCAAUUAAAUCGAUUAAUAAUUCUCGUAUGACGUUAGAUCCUGAAGGAAAUCUUUGGUUCAGCAAUGUUACGAGGAACGACGCGUCUGACGAUUUUUAUUACGUGUGCGCGGCAACCUCUCUAUUCCGAAACGAAUAUAAAUUAGGCAGCAAAGUUUUAUUAAAUGUUAUUUCAACCGGAGCAUCUUCUAAUCAGAAUAAACACGAGCCUGUUAAGCAAUACGUUAGUAGAAAAAAUGAAGUUGCUCUACGCGGUAAAAAAAUUGAAUUAUAUUGUAUAUACGGCGGUACGCCUUUGCCGCAAACCGUUUGGAGUAAAAAUGGCAGAUUGAUACAGUCAAAUGAUAGAAUUAUACAAGGGAAUUAUGGGAAAUCGUUAAUUAUAAAGCAUGUCAAUUUUGAAGAUGAAGGAACAUAUAGUUGCGAAGCGUCUAACGGCGUUGGAGAUGCUAAUUCGUAUUCUAUAAAUUUACAAGUAAUGGCAGUUCCAUAUUUCACGGUAGAACCAGAGAUCAUAAAUGCAGCAGAGGAUGAAACUGUUGAAUUUAGAUGCGAGGCAAGCGGUGUGCCCGAACCAGACAUCAAAUGGAUUCAUAAUGGAAAACCAAUAUCAGAGGCACCUCCUAACGAAAGAAGAAAAGUUACUACUAAUUCUAUUAUUAUAGAAAAAUUGAAAAAGAAAGAUACUGGAAAUUAUGGAUGCAAUGCCACCAAUUCUUUAGGAUAUGUUUACAAAGACGUAUACGUUAAUGUCUUAGCUCUUGAACCUGAAAUCACUCAACCUCCAAAUGACCAAGCAACGGUCGAAGGCAAAACAGUUAGAAUUACUUGUCGCGUAUUUGGAGCACCAAAACCAAUAGUUAAAUGGGCUAGGAAUGGUCAAGAAUUAACGGGAGGAAGAUAUAAGAUUAUGGAUAAUGGUGAUUUAGAAAUAGAAAAUAUAAUAUUCAUAGAUGCAGGUAGUUAUACCUGUCAUGCUUCUAACAAGUUGGGAACAGUGGAAGCAUCUGCAAAUCUUGUUGUGAAAGAGCGUACAAAGAUUACCGAUGAGCCUGAAGAUUAUGAAGUUGCAGCAGGUUCUACUGCAACAUUUAGAUGCAAUGCAGUAACUGAUUCUAGCUUAACUUUAACGAUAGAAUGGUUGAGUAAUGGCGAACCAAUUGAUUUUGAAAUGGAACCAAGAUUUGUACGAAGUACAGAUUAUUCAUUAAUGAUCACAAAGACAACAGAAUUAGACUCUGGUACUUAUACUUGCGUUGCUCGUACCGAAUUAGAUGAAACGAGGGCACAAGCAACGUUGACUGUUCAAGAUGUACCUAAUGCUCCUAAAUUAAUUGGUGUUAAAUGUAUGUCUGAUAAUGCGAUUAUACAAUGGACUCCUAUGGGUGAUAACAGAGCUCCAAUUUUACGAUAUACUAUUCAAUACAAUACAAGUUUUACCCCGGAUACGUGGGAAACAUCGGCAGAUUUUGUACCAGCUACAGAACAAAGUUACAGUGUGCCAAUGUCGCCUUGGGCUAAUUACACAUUCCGUGUACUUGCAUGGAACAAAAUAGGAAAAUCUUUACCUUCAUCACACAGUGACAUUUGUACAACUCUGUCGGAUGUUCCUUAUCGUAAUCCAGAUAAUGUCAUGGGUAAUGGAACGACCCCUCAAAAUCUUGUCAUUUCUUGGACUACAUUACCGCAAAUAGAACAUAAUGCACCAAGAUUUAUGUACAGAGUAUAUUAUAAAAGGGAUAGACCUGAAGAACAAUGGACUAUAAUAGAUGUUAAUGAUUGGAAACAGCACAGUCUUACGAUAGAAAAUCAACCAACUUAUCAACGAUAUAAAAUUAAAGUUAUUGCAAUUAAUGAGAAAGGAGAAAGUAAAGCUGAAGCCAAGGAAGUAUAUGGAUAUUCUGGAGAGGAUGUACCAUUACAAGCUCCUGGAAACUUUACUUUGGUUACAAUCAAAUCCAGUACAUCUGCUGUGCUCUCAUGGAACACUGUCCCUGAAGAGUCAGUGAGAGGCGAGUUGAAAGGAUAUAAAAUUCAAACUUGGACGGAGAAAGAAGGUGAAAAAGGAAUGCGUGAAAUUGAUAUUAGAGGUAGCCACAUGACGCGCGUUUUAGUUGACAAAUUUAUUCCGUAUACAAAAAACUUUGUCAGAGUCCUUGCUUACAAUGGAAGAUAUGUAGGACCUCCAUCUGAAACCUUAAGUUUUGAUACACCAGAAGGUGUUCCAGGAACAGUACUUAGUUUUGAAGCUUUCCCAAUGGGUUCUAGUGCGCUCUUUCUCGUCUGGUCGGAACCUGCCGAACCAAAUGGUAUUUUAACUGGCUACAGAAUUUAUUAUAGGGUUGUAAAUGGAACGAGAUUAGAGUCAUUAUUAGAAAGAAAACCACAUAUAUCAGAUCCAAAAGCUACUAGUGCUAAAUUAGCAGCUUUGGCACCUGAUACCAAAUACAGAGUCCACAUUCGAGCUACGACUAAAGUUGGCGAAGGAAACGAUUAUUUCAUAGAAAAAAGGACACGUACUUCUCAAAGACCAGACGUACCUCAAUUUACAUGGGAAACAAUUCCUAAAGAAAAUGGUUAUUCCAAUGUAAGGAUUAUGUGGCAACCAAAUUUAAAUGGUAAUCCUGGUAGUCACUUCUUUGUUAAAUAUAAUCUAAAGGGUGAAACAAUUGCUACUGAAACGGAUCCGGAAUUUCAAUCGAACACGAUUGAAGUUCGUGGACUUCAAAGCGGUGAAGUCUAUGUUAUGUCUGUAGUUGCUGUUGAUGGGGAUUAUGUAACUGAAAGCGUGCCUCAAGAGAUAGAAACCAGUAGCGAAGGCCCAAUAAUUCAACCUAAAGAAAAUGUAGCAACAGCUGGGUGGUUUAUAGGUAUGAUGUUAGCAAUAGCAUUCCUUCUACUGGUUUUAAUUAUCGUCUGCGUAAUUAAACGAAACAGAGGUGGAAAGUAUGCAGUACACGAACGUGAAUUAGCCGCUGGACGAGGAGAUUAUCCUGAUGAAGGUGGCUUCCACGAAUAUUCUCAACCUUUGGAUACCAAAUCUGCCGGUGGUCGUGCGUCGUUAGCUUCAUCUUCUCAUCAAGAUGGAAAACAUCCAGAAUCUGACACCGAUUCUAUGGCAGAAUACGGAGAAGAGGGUAUGAACGAAGAUGGAUCUUUCAUUGGUCAAUAUGGUCGGCAUCGUAAACCAGAACCUAAUUCACAAGCAUUUGCAACGUUGGUGUAAGGGCCUUUCACAGAAGACGGAUCAUUCAUUGGACAAUAUGGUCCUAAAGGCAGACCAGAGGAAACACCGUCCAUUCCAACCGGAACUAUGGCUACGUACGUGUAACCUCUCUAAAUAUCUCACGAAAAAAAAAGAAAAAGAAAAAAAAAA